AUGCCAAAAUAUGCGAAAUUCACGAAGGAUAUUCUCACCAAGAAAAAGAGGUAUUCGGAGGAGAAGACUAUUCUACUUGAUGUUCGUUGUAGUGCCAUAAUUAAAAAAACUCUACCAAAGAAAGAAGCCGAUCUGGGACGUGUCACUUUGCCGGUUACAAUUGGAGGUUAUUACAUAGGUAACGGUUUGAUUGAUUUGGGUUCAAGCAUUAAUUUAAUUCCGUUAUCUAUCAUCAAGAGAUUGGGAAACAUUGAGAUGAAGCCAACUCGAAUGACUUUGCAACUAGCCGAUAAGUCUCUUAUAUCUCCUUACGGGGUUGCACAAGACAUGCUAGUAAAAGUGGAUAAAUUCUUGUUCCCGGUAGAUUUUGUGGUAGUCGACAUGGAAGAAGACCGUGAUGUACCAUUGAUACUUGGAAGACCUUUCAUGAAAACAGCCCGGAUGAUGAUUAACAUAGAUGAUGGUCUCAUGAAGGUGAGAGUGCGAGAUGAAGAAGUUACUUUCAAUCUCUUUGAAGCAUCCCAAAGAUAA